AUGGGCAAGGCCUCCAAAGACAAGCGGGACAUCUACUACCGGAAGGCCAAGGAGGAGGGAUGGAGGGCUCGCAGCGCCUUCAAGCUCAUGCAGAUCGACCAGGAGUUCAACAUCUUCCACGGAGUGAAGCGUGCCGUUGACCUGUGCGCUGCUCCUGGGAGCUGGAGCCAGGUUUUGAGCCGCAAUUUGUAUCUACCGGCAAAGCUAUCGUCUGACGGCAAAGAUGGUGGCCUUCCUCUCAUCGUCGCAAUCGAUCUGCAACCGAUGGCUCCGAUAGAAGGUGUCAUACAAGUGCAGGGCGACAUCACCAAUGCUCGAACAGCGGAAGUGGUUAUCAGGCAUUUUGAUGGAUGCAAAGCGGACUUGGUUGUCUGUGAUGGUGCCCCUGAUGUUACUGGACUUCAUGAUAUGGACGAGUUUGUUCAGUCCCAGCUUAUAUUGGCGGCACUGACAAUUGUGACUCAUGUACUCAAAGUUGGUGGAAAAUUUGUUGCGAAGAUUUUCCGGGGUAAAGAUACAAGUCUCCUGUAUUGCCAGUUAAAGCUGUUCUUCUCACAAGUUACAUUUGCAAAGCCAAAAAGCAGCCGCAACUCAAGUAUCGAGGCAUUUGCAGUUUGCGAGAACUACUCACCUCCAGAGGGCUUCAAAGAGAAAGAUUUAUAUCACCUGCUGGAGAAAGUGGGAACUCCUUCUGGGGCUGAUGAUCUAGAUUGCAGAAGCGGAUGGUUGGAGGGACCAAACAAGGUCUACAUCCCGUUUCUGGCUUGCGGUGACCUCAGCGGUUACGAUUCAGACCGCUCAUACCCCCUUCCAAGCACAGAAGGCGGCACCUACCAGAGCCUAGAUCCAGUCCAGCCUCCCAUCGCCCCGCCAUACAAAACUGCAUUGGAGAUGAAGAAGGCGUCUAGCCACGGCGCUGGCACAGAUACCAGCAAAUUAUCUCUUGACCCCCAAACAACAUUAUAG